AUGAAAAUCCAGCUGGUCUGCAUGAUGCUCCUGGCAUUCACCUCCUGGAGUCUGUGCUCAGACUCUGAAGAGGAAAUGAAAGCAUUCGAAGCAGAUUUAUUGACCAAUGUGCACACAUCAAGGGUCAGUAAGGCAAGUGUUCCCUCUUGGAAAAUGACUCUGCUGAGUCUUUGCAGCCUUAUAAAUAACCUGGACGGACAAGCUGAGGAAACAGGAGAGUUUCAUGGAGAGGACCUUGUUACAAGAAGGAAAUUUCCCAUUGCCGUAGAUGACUUUAGCUUGGAAGCAAUGCUGACAAUAUACCAGAUCCGAAAUAUCUGUCACAGCAGGGCCUUUCAACACUGGGAGGUGAUUCAGGAAGAUGCUCUUGAUAAUGGAAAUGACAAAAAUGAAAAGGAAGAAGUUAUAAAGAGAAAAAUUCCUUACAUUCUGAAACGGCAAUUAUAUAAGAAUAAACCCAGACGACCCUACAUCCUCAAAAGAGAUUCUUACUACUAUUGA